UGUUAACUGCUAUAUCCCAAAGAAGAAAGGCGGGUGUAUACGCACACGUGUGUUGACACAGUCCACUGUAGAGUUGCAGUUUCUUUAGCUGUAAGCUCGUCCAUUAACCCUGACAGACAUGUCUUCAUUUCGAAAGGCCCUGAAAUCCAAACAGCGGGAUCACAAAGAGCGCUCUCAGCCUGUAUCCAGGAAACAUUUAGGACUUCUAGAGAAGAAGAAGGACUACAAACUCCGUGCAGAUGACUACCAUCGAAAACAGAAAACCAUUAAUGCCUUACGCAAGAAGGCUCUGGACAAGAACCCAGAUGAAUUCUACUACAAAAUGAUAAACACUCAAUUAAAGGAUGGAAAGCAUGUGAUUAAACAGAAGGAGGAACAGAUGACAGAGGAACAGAAGAAAGUCAUGAGAACUCAGGACAUUGGAUAUGUGGAAAUGAAGAGGGUGGCUGAGUCUAAGAAAAUCGAAAGACUAAAGUCUGAACUGCAUCUUCUGGACGCCGAGGGUAAACGGAAAAACUCGCACGUCUUUUUUGUGGACACCAGAAAAGAAGUGGAGAAUUUUAACCUGGCUACACACCUGAACACAGUGCCUGAGCUGGUAAACAGAGCUUAUAACAGACCUACACUGGACACGCUGGUGAACAAGAGCAUUCUGGGUGCUGUGACCCCAGAGACUAUAAAGAAACUGGCCAAACAGCGAAAGGUUCGAUAUGAUGAACUGUCCCAACGUAUUGACCGAGAGAGAAAAAUGUUCGUCAUCAGUCAGAAGAUCCAGACUCGCAAAGACCUUCAGGACAAGAACAAGAAAGUAAAAGUGAAGAAUGAGACGUCCACUGCUCCUGCCAUCUACAAAUUUGAGGCCAAAAGGAAAAGAUAACACACUUUUCUCACACCAGUGGAAGUGUAUUCCUUCCAGAAGAGACUUUCACCUGCUUAAAACAAUACACAACUGAGCUUGAUCCUGGACCAAAGCCUGAGAUGAUGUGUGCUUUUAAUCUCCUGCAUGUAGGCAUACAUAUACAGGGCUUUCAGAUCGAGGAGGGGAAGUGACAUAUCCUCUGACUGGAGAUUUAUUUUUGGUUACACUUCCCAACACAUGCACGCAGGAAUUUGGUUGCAACCUUCAUUUUUGAAAAGCUGCAGUUUUGUAAUGUUUGUAUAUAUCUAUGCUAAUAGAACUUGUUAUGGUUUGUACUGAAAUAAAACCAUGAGUAAUAA